AUGUCCCAUUCAACACUCCUCAGCUUACCGUAUGAACUUGUUUUACAUAUUGGCCAGUAUCUGGAGUUUGCAGAUGUAUGGUAUUUAGGGACUUGCUCUCAUGCCAGCCGAACACUGUCAUUUCAACUACUGCAAUCGUUAUAUCAGAUCAACCUCAUUAAACCACGCAUCAUCAACCCGUUUGGACAGAGUAUACAUGCAGCUGUCGCUUAUCUUGCGAGACACGGCAACACCGGCAGUACAAGUCAACAGCAGCAUAUCAUUCAAUCUGUGGCAAAUCACUUGGCCAUAGGCAUCUGCGAUCGCAUGCCAAGUAAAUCAGGCAGAGCCUUUUCAUUGGACUUUUUGCUGAAUAAAUCGUUGGCCAUUCUGCUAGAGCAUUGUCUGUUGGACUCGACAUUACAUGCAUUCAUGAAAUCGCAAGAAACACAUAUCCUCAGUCAACAGUUUGAUCAGAUCAUAUCAUCGAUACGUGCUCAGCAUGAACAGCCGUUUGAGCAGCAGAGGUACACAGGGGUACUGAUGGUCGAUUUUCUAGCUGGAUUGCACGACACACUAGUGGCCGUUUUAGAGGAAGAAGACAUGCUUAGCAACAUAUACCACCACUUGCUCACCAGUCAUUUACAAAAACAGUUACGAGCCAUCCAAUCCAGAUACCAGAGCCAUCAUUCAGAUCAGUCAUCCUACUCAAAUCAGCAAGCACCUCGUAAAGACUCUCUGCCCAGUCAAGAGUUCAAAUUGUACAUUAAACUCAUAUGCUGUUUAGCACAAACCAACCUCAUAUCAUCCAACGACAUUGAUUCACUGACUUACCAUUACAUCAAUCAUUUCUUCUUGACACGACCAUCGGAUGUCAGUUUCAGUCGAGAUUCAGGGCUCAAAAUAUACAUACGACAGCAUAAUGAACACUUGUCCAUCAUCAACACAGUGACGCUCAAUAAACGGCCUGCCUACCACUAUCAAUGGCGGCUAUGGUUGGAAGAAACACAAUUGCGGUUAAGUGUAUUGUUAGAUUUAUUGCGUGCCAUGAUACAAAAGAACUGCAGCCAAGGUGGAGCAGCACCUGAUUUUGUCCAUAUCACUGCCAUGUUGCAAGACACUGUCUCUGCAUUGACAUUAUCAAAAACCAUCCCUCAAAAUGAAUAUGAAAUACCUCUUUUGAAUGAUUAA